UCGAUGGAAAACUACACCUACAACAGCUUCACACUCCAGCUAGAGGGGUUAAAUGUCCCAAAAGAAUAUAUGUAUCCAGCCUUUCUCUUCUUUUUUUUCUCCUACUUGUUUAUAAUUGUUGCAAAUGUAAGCAUUUUGGUUCUAAUUUUUAUUGACAAGAACCUUCACCAGCCUAUGUAUCUCCUUUUUUGCAAUCUCUCAGUCAGUGAUAUAAUUGGAAGUACUCGUAUUGUGCCUCGUUUACUGUCAGACAUGUUGCGUCCUCCCUCUGAACGCCUGAUAAGUUAUUAUGAAUGUGUGGUCCAAGCUUUUGUAUCACAUUUGUUUGGUACCACUGCUCACACAGUGCUCAUGAUUAUGGCCUUUGACAGAUAUGUGGCCAUCUGCAAUCCCCUGCGUUAUUCUGCCAUAAUGAGCAACAAAAUGCUGAUCAAGCUGACAGUUUCUGCCUGGGGAGUGGCCUUUGUUUUGGUCGGGAUUCUGCUCGGUCUGACCAUAAGACUGAACCGAUGUAGGACUCUGAUCAUGAAUCCUUACUGUGAUAAUGCCUCACUGUUUAAACUCUCCUGUGAGAGUGUCUUUAUUAAUAACGUCUAUGGUCUCACUUUCACUGUGGUCCUGCUCACCUCCUCUAUAGGCAGCAUUGUUCUCACCUAUACUAAGAUUACAGUAGUCUGUCUGACCAGUAAGAACAAGUCUCUGAACAGUAAAGCCUUGAAGACCUGUAGCACUCAUCUGGUUGUUUAUCUAAUUAUGAUCUUUAGUGGAAGUACUAUCAUUACUUUGCAUCGUUUCCCCCAGUACUCAGACUACAGAAAACUUUCUGCCAUUCUGUUUGUUAUUGUCCCUGGAAGCCUCAACCCCAUAAUUUAUGGCAUACAGUCCAAAGAGAUACAAAAAUUCUUAUUUGAAAUCUUUCGGUCCAAAAAGUGUUUGAAAUAA